AUGUCUCAUAUGUCACAAUCAACCUCUUCCAAUAUUCCUCAAAAUACUCACGAAGUGUUCCUUAGCUUUAGGGGUGAGGACACACGCUACACCUUCACAAGCCAUCUUCAUGCUUGCUUAACAAGGUUUCAAAUCAAAACCUACAUAGACUACAAUCUUGUAAGAGGAGAUGAAAUAUCAAACGCACUUCUAAGGGCAAUUCAAGAAUCAAAGCUUUCCGUGGUUGUUUUAUCUGAAAACUAUGCCAAUUCAAAGUGGUGUUUGGAUGAACUUGUCAAAAUACUUGAAUGUAAAAAGAACAAUGGACAAGUUGUGGUGCCUAUAUUCUACGGUAUAGAUCCAUCUAAUGUGCGUAAUCAAACAGGAAGUUACGGAAUCGCGUUUGCUAAACAUGAGAAGCAGUUUAGGAGCAAUAUGAGUAAGGUGCAAAGGUGGAGAAGUUCUUUGGCUGAAGUUGCUAAUUUAGCUGGCUGGGAUUGCUCUGUCAAUAGCAUGGAAUCUGAACUUGUGGAAAGAAUUGCAAGGGAUGUAUUGGAGAAAUUGAAUCAUGUGUAUGUUGGUGACUUGGAUGAGGAAAUCAAUAAGUAUGAGCAAUUAUCGAACCUUCAAGCUAUGAAUCUCAUGCAGGGAAGUGGGUUCAAUAGUCAACUCUGGCAUGAUCUUCAAGCAACCAAUCAGCAUCUUGGACAGCUUAGAAUGAAGAAAAAUAUUAUUCUACUGAGAUUGCCACGUGCUGUGUAA